AUGCAAAGUGAUACUAUAAUAACAAGUAAUCAUGUGGAGCGAAAAGAUUUAGAUUCAAUGAUUGUUGUUACCAAUGAUAGAACAUUGGAGUUUAGGAAUCUAAGGAAAAAUCAGAAACUGUUGUGUAUGCGGAACUCUCUUUGGAAAGAUCUUCUCAAAGAAACAGAAAUGUCUGAUGUAAAUGUAUGUACAUUAUGCUUCAAGACAUUAAAUGUUGUUUUACAGAGAAAAGAACAUCAAGCACUGAGAGAGAAAGGUUCAACCAGUGUCUUUGUAGAGUUUUAUGAGAAGAUGCAUUUGAAUACGUUAGAUCUACGGCGAAGCAUUACAAACUAUAAACAGCUUGUUAAUACAAUAACUGAUUCAGGCUCACCUCAAAUUAAGAGAGCAAAAGAAUUAGAGAAUUCUAUAUCUAUUAUGAUAAAUGAAUUGAAAACGGGAGUUGCUAAAUUAAAGGAAUUGAAAAUGCCAACACAAAAACAGAGUCAAGUAAUCUUACAUGUACAUCAUGCAUUCCUGACACACUUGAAUGCAGUGCUACCAGAUUUCAAACUCUACUCUACAGAGUUGGCAUCAAAGAUGAAGAUUCCACCUGGCUCCAGUCCUACUACAAUCAAAUCACCUGUAAAUACACUUAAAAACACAACUUCCAGUAGUACUGGCGAUAGCACUUCACCUAUCUCACAGAGUCCAGGCUCCACUGGAAUAUCGCCUGGUGGCAGCAACGGCAGUAGCAGUCGUCUGUCGACUUUCUUCUCGAGUGUCUUUAAUCUUGGCGAAUCAAACACACCCAAUGGACAUCGUAGAACAGGAUCUAAUAACAGCAGCAGCGGCGGUGGUUACAAUCGACCUGCCUACGAGGAUCUACCCGACAAAUCUACCAUUCUCUCUGUGGUGCCGGCAGUGUGUCCGCUGGCAGGUGGUUGCAUUGCAAUCCAAGGUGAGAAUCUCGAUAAACAUUCAAUACAGAUUACAAUCGAUGGCUAUCAAGUCAAGGUUUUGCAAAAGAAGAGCUAUGCAUUGCUGAUAGCCAGUCCCGCUAGAAACAUAGAGGGCGAAUACGACCUGGUCAUCAAAGACGGCGAACAUCUCCUAUCGAGACAAGCAUUGUUCUACACAAACUCUUGUUUCCAAACUGAAAAAGACAUUGAAGAUUCAAAUCGCUAUGCGCUCGAUCACUUUAAUAAGUCUGGUAUGACAGGCAAUGAAUAUUCACAGUCGUCAAGUCCAAUCUUUACUUCGUCGCCAACACUUGGAUCACAUCAGUACUCUUACUUUAAUGACUCGGAUGAAGAGGAUGAAAAGAACAAUGAGAAUAAGAUAUUGGCAGAGAUCGUUGGAAAUAUCGAGCAGAACAUGCUGCAGCAGGACAACGCCACCAGCCAGUCUGAUUCGAUUGCAGCCACUGGCAAUAGCUUCGACGAUCUGGUGAUACAAAUGAUUACACCGGUGGUUACACCAUGCACCGGUGGCAAGAUUACGAUGCACUUGAAGUAUCCGUUGGUUGCUGGUGCCAUUCCCCUCGUCACAGUAGGUAGCAUACCUGUCAACAUUGAGAUUGGCAGUCAGCGAAAGAGUAUAUCAUUCAUAGCACCACCUUCGUCACAACAAGGAUUCCACACCAUAGAAAUAAUGUACCAAUCGAAAUAUAUAGAUUUACCAAAUGUAUUAUUCUACCAACCCGACAUGCAAGCACUCACAGGAAACAAUCAAUUUAAUAACAACAGCAAUAACAACUACCAACAACACCACUCUUCAUCGUCAACAAACAAUUUAUCGUCGCACCAUUCAACACCAACAAUGUCAUCUACUUCUUCUAUUCCAAGAUCUACAAGAGUAUGGGGAAAGAAAUAA